UUAUUUCGUCUUUUUAUUCGCGUCAGUAGCAACAAAAUUUUUUGCACUUUUUACGUAAAUCGUGAGAAACUAAAACACAAGCGAGUUACACAACAUCUACAAACACAGGCGGGCGAAUGACAGAGAAUAUUUCGUCUAAAUUUGCCGCCGGUGGUGCUGUUCCCAUGUAGAUGCUGUGUUUCCCCGCUGUAUUUCGAUGCUGAUCCGUUGACGCAGAAACUCUAGUGCUCGCGGUUCGCCUGACUGCUGCUGGAUCAUCUUUCCUAGCACGUUCAGUAGCUGGGUGGUUUCUGGUCCGAAUGUUCCGUAGGUCUCAAAAGCCAGGGGCUUGAACCAGUAAUCCUGGGUGAUGUUGCGGUAUUUCUCGGUCUUGCUCCGCUCGGCUAGCGCUGCUGCCGCUCCGGCUCGAGUGGAUGUGGCUGCGAUGUAUGACAAUGCCAUGGUGCUGCGCCAGGUUACAUUCCAGGCCAGCGCCUUUCCUCUUUCCCACGGGGUAAUUGUCACUCCGUCUGGUCGUUUGCCAUCUGUACGGGAGAUUCCGGGAGGUUCCAGCCCAGUUUCGAUUCCGGCCGAUGCAAAGGCGCGCUUUAUUACCGCUUUGAGGCUUUCGUGGGUCGGUUUCCGUCCGGCACUGAACUUGCAACUUGAACCAUGAUAUCCAUGCUCAUCCGCUUGGUCACCGCCUGUUUCGUAGUAUUCAGUACUUCUACAAAACUUUUACUUUUAUAGAAGUAUGAAACUUACGAUUGUAUUGUGUACUCGUACCGCAAAUCUGAAUUCACUUGAAACUACCAAACUACCAUCCGAAUUUUCCGAAAGUGUAGCAUAACUUCAUUCCUGCUCAGUCCUCCAUGAUGUAUUUUUUUGUAAUGGCUCUUGGCUUGGCUGUGCUGCAGCUGACCUCCUGUUGCCCUGCUCAGCAUGAGCUCACCGUUAAUAAAAUGAACCAGAUUUUGAACGAAGCCAAAGAACGCAACGGCAACGGCACCAUGUGGUUGCAAGGACACGGACGAGGUCCAAGCACCAGAGGGUUUCCAAUAGCGGAAUGGCCGCCGCAGACAGAGAUAAUCCGAGCGCCAGAAGGAGGCACACUGUUCAUUCCCUGCAAAACAGCCACAACACCAACAGCUCGUCUGUGUCUCACAUCGAGAUUCCGACGGCAUUCACAUACAACGGAAGGCGGGUUUCUGUUCCCACGCAAGGGAUAUCCAGAAAGCCGCUCGAAGAAGUAAACUACUGCUGAAACUGCUCUAAGGAAUUCAUUUCCGGGGGAUACGUUCUUAAGCGCACAUGGUUCGUUGCCGACUACGAUCUGGCAACCGGUGCGUUUUCCAUCGAGUUGGAGAACUUCACGUACGCCCACACCGGUCUGUACAAGUGCCUGCACUCCAACGGGAGCCAGCUGGUGGUGACGCAGCGCUACUGGGUCAGCGCGACCCUCUUCCGGCACGACGUCUUCGAUCCGCCCAUGCAGAACCUCACAGUGCGCUACGGUGACCCAGUGGAGAUGGUGUGCCCGGUGCGUUUUACGUUUCUGCCUGGAUACCUCGCCACGCGCUUCCUGUGGCGCAAGGGAAACUAUCUCUUACUUGCCGAGUCCAUCCCGGAGAUGAAAGAUAAAGCCAGGUCGCCUUAUGGCUUCAAAGGGCGCUUCCAGCUCGGAAUGGGGGAGCCUUGUAUGUGUAACGCGACGAUGACGAUCGACAGCGUCACAUGGAAAGACGCCGGUUUGUACGAGUGCUGGUUCCGCAUCGACGACCGCCUCGAUGAAUGGAUCGUUCAGGAAGCUUACUUACACGUGAUUUAACCGGAGCCACCAUUUCACUAGCGAUUUGGGCAACGGCGUGUACAUACAUCCUGUAAGCAGUCGUUUCUGUGGUUGUUCGAUUUUUACUCGGGAAUAGUUAGACAUUUUCGUCGAAGUUUGUUUCUUACCCUGGAAUAGUUUUCUUAACCUGGGCUUUUUCUCGAGCUUAAUUUUUUUACUAAGGAUCGUCCGGACUGUUUUUGUAUUUUUUGAUAGUAAUCAAAUGUCGGUAGACAAUGAUUACGAUACAUUCCAUUGGCUGUAAUCUUGUCUGAAAUGAAUUGUUGGGCUGG